AUGUUCCGAGCGUGCCAACUGCUCUCACAUCUUACGGUCAAGCAUUUACAAUUUGCAGUCAAGCACGCUCCACGACGUGCAUAUACUAUGGCGAGCGCACCUACACUAAUGACAUCACGCGACCUACCACCGCACCAGAGGCCUCCCUUAUUCAAGGUCCCGCCGAUUGUCAAUCCACCCCCACCGGAAAUGAGCCCCCAGAGCAACGGUCGUCUGAGGAAUGGAAGUCGUCUGCCGAGCUCAAGUCGUACACGAGAGGGACCCCGUCUGUCAGCGAAAGUUCGUCCAUUGAACGAACGGCCCAUUAUACGCAAAGGUCCCAUCCGAAAGCCUUAUAAAAAGAAGAAGAAGAAACAGGUUUACUCGCGUCCGACUCUGCCCAUGAUCCAAUUUGGCAAGAAUGCUGGAUGGCUGUUGCGUCAUGGCGCAAGACAUCUUGGGUUUCCGAUUCGUCCGGACGGUUUUAUGCGGCUCCAAGACGCUUUGCAUUUCUCCACGCUCAAUCGUCAUACUGAGGAAACGUUUCUGGAGCACGCGAUAAAUGACCCUCCUCAGCGAUUUGAAGUCAAGAAGGAGCGAGAUUAUUUCUCUGUUUCCGACGUAGAGGUGUGGUGGGUGAGGGCGAAGGAAGGUCAUGACAUCCCAGGUGUUUAUGUUGAUAGGAAAAGGUUAUUUCCUGAUACGACUUUGACAGAGGUGUACUUCAGAACGGGGUUUGAUCAGUGGGAGAAGAUCAAAAAACAAGGUAUACCUCCAGCUCACGCAGGCCUCAUCCGUCUUUCUGCAACGUCAAGCGUCAAAUCCUCUCGUCCCCAGAGGUGGUACAACCGGGUGAAUGCAGUUCCAAUCAGAUUUGUUACGAUUGCUGUCGAUAUUAGACAAGCCUUCGCUCUAGGCAUCGAGUUUUAUCGCACAAGGAGAGGAUACAUUAUCUCUCCGGGCAAUGACGAGGGUGUUAUACCACCAUCCGUUUUCUCGAGCGCGGUCGAAACCGUAGUCUCCAGACAGGUCCUGAAGCCAUACGUGAAAUAG